AGGAAAAAUCUCAUCAUAAUAAGUCCAGGCCGCGGAGGCUCCUCUUUCCUUGGAUCACUUUUUAAUGAAAAUCCUCAUGUCAUGUAUUCCUUUGAACCUUUUUUUGCCAUAACUGGAAAAAUUUUCCAUGUUGAUUUGGUUAAAGGAGACAAAGAACCAAAGAAUUACACACAAGCAUUCCUCCGGGUAAUUGAUGGUUUCCUCAAGUGCGACUUCACGAACUUCUCUAAGACUAUUAUAUCGGCACUUUUAAGGGACCGGUGGCAUCUUCUCCAUAGUAAGGCACUUUCGAACACAAAUUUGGCGCGGUUUUCAAGAACCUUGCUUACCAGUUCUUGUGAAAAUCACAACUACACUGUUAUAAAGAUUUUGUCUUCACGAGUACCCAACAAGACAAUAGAAACUUUAAGGGGACUUUUCCAAGAACAAAGCCACUAUGACGUCAAAGUCGUCCAUUUAGUUCGGGAUCCAAGAGCAGUGGUGAACUCCAGGGUAAAUCUCAAAUGGAUGAAAGAUCAUUUGCAUCCCAGCUUUAGUGAUAAUGUGCGAAGAAUUUGUAAUCCGAUACUACAGAAUAUUCGCUUUGGAUUGUUGUCUCCCCCUCCCUGGCUUAAGAACCGCUUUCUGAUUAUUCGUUAUGAGGAUCUUGUGGAAAAUACGGUGAAUAUCACACGGGAACUAUACAGGUUCGCAGGAUUUGAUUGGUCAGCGAGCAUUGAUAAAUGGAUAAGUAAACAGGCAUACAAUUCAAAACAAGGAACAGAAUACUCUGUUUUCAGGAAUGCUACAGCUGCCAUUCAUGGUUGGAAAAACGCACCAAUGCCCUUUAUAAAGGCUGUAGAGGAUGAAUGCAGAGAUCUUAUGGAUUUCCUCGGCUAUGAGAAACACACCUAUUAGAGCGGGUGCUUAAAAUUCAAAUUCAAGAAAAAUAAAAAUGGUGAUGAUAAUGAAAGAAAAUAGUACCAUGAUGAAAUACUAUUUAAGAGAUUUUACUUGAAUAGUCACGCCAAAGAUUACGUAUGGUGACUCACGUUAUCUCUACCAAAUUUUCAUAACUGGCUCUCACACUUAACCGUAUUCGAUCCGACGAGUCACAACCUAGUUAAGAGUCUAAGCCACAGUCGGCGUUAAUUAACAGUAGGUUUUAAAAUGUUUACAAACCUCGCUAAGAGGCCUGACAUACUCACUAAGUAAGCUGCACUACCAGGUCCAGAAAAAAAUAGUAAUACUAAUAGUAACUGUUAUGUAGUGUAUUACGUCAAACAUCCGGGACUCAUUAAAACAUGCUCGUUUACCAUGCGCUCUCCUUGUUGAGACGCUAAUCCAUGCAUAACACAGUGUUUUGAAGCGGCAUUUUCAGCCGAACAUCACUCAAGCCCAAACAAAUAGGCGCUGAAAAUCAAGAAAUUCACCCAAGGUAUCACACAGAUAGGCUGUGAAGACCUCAUUACCGACGAAUUGUCAAGACCAACAACCUGUUUAAGGACAUUGUUCAGUGAGAGAUUUAAGAAUAGGACUGACUUAUCAAGUUAGACUUUGUUUAGUUCUUUUUUUUCUCAGUACAAGUUCAAAGGAACAUUUGAAGAUUAAAGAACAUUUGAUUUGUUCUAGGAAUCUUUCUUACCGAAAAUUUGGUUAGUUUUCACAAGUUAAUUACGCGUGUAUCCUUUUUCUCAGAAGGAAGAUGUUAUGUAGUAUAUUAUGUCACACAUCCGGGACUCAUUAAAACAUGCUCGUUUACCAUGUGCUCGCCUUGUUGAGACGCUAAUCCAUAACAGUAACAAUAUAUAAUGACAAUAAACGUCCACGUUAGUAGUAUAGAAGGAUCUGGUUUCGCCAUAUUUUUGAAAGGGAAUGAAAUAGACCAUAUUUGAGUUGCCUCAAGCCUCUGUUUCAAAGCGAGGCUAAGCGCAGAGCCAUGGAUUAAAUUAAAAAUGAUUCAUUAUAGCCUGAAUUUCAUUCGACUACUUCGAGUCGUUAUUACUCCCUCAGUAACAUCUGAAUCGACCGGCCGUUAAUGCCGUCCAGUGACGUCACUACUCCUUUGCUUUAAUUCAUGCAAAAAGUAAAACACGAUUUCAAGUGGCAACCAAGAAAUACAUGUAUCGUUUGGAAAUGUUCAAAUGAUACAGAAUUGCUUUACCCUUUCAGGGACCGUGCAGGGGGUGGGGCUCGGUAGGCUAUACCCCACCCCACCACCAAUUUUUUGGAUUGUAAAAGAAUUUGUUUUUCACUUUAGUUACCCAGAUCUGUCACUUACCACACAAACAAGGUUUAGUAAUCUGACAAUACUGAACACCCACAAACAGAGAACAGACAAACUUUGUCUUGUAGCUGUUGCCAAUGAGUUUGUAGCUCUUAAUGACAAUCGUAAAGGCAACUUUGGCGCAUUCAGAGAAUCCAACUUAAAAAUGUCCGGGUGACACUCAACCUCUGCGUGUGUUGGGUUUAGCUUCAAAGUCUAUUCAUUUCAAUUUUGCUCUAACGAGGGGGGCCUGGUGGUAACUUGUUGUUGUAGGUGAAGAUGUAAUAAUUACAAAUUUAUAUUACUAUUGGCAGUUUUAGAUGCAUUUAUAGCCAUUUCAGAAGAUUUAAGUUUGAUACUAUUAAAAUCAGUAUUGUUUAAAUUCGAGCUUAAACUUUUUGAUUCCUCCUUGUUUCGCGGUACGGCUUUGGACACUACAAGGCAGGGUAAGAUCCUCGUUUUUCGUUCCUAAUUAUUUCGUAUAUCAAAGCCGGAUGAAAUUAGUGAUACUUUACACAAAUCAACAUGGUAUUGUACUCGUUGAAACAUGGAUUCCUUGUCUACAAAAUAUUUAGAGAAAAAAGGGAUUAAUCUAAGAAUUAUUUACUAGGAAAUCUAACAUCCUUUUGUCAUCGGAAGAACGCGUAGAAAAUUUCCUUCGAAUAUAGAGAUCCAAUAAAAAUGUUGACUUUCUUAUGAAAAAAAGUAUUCGUAGUUACAGAUUUUAUUAAUCCGGCCUCUCUACAUCUCUGUGGAGCUAUCUUUUGAUCCUUGGCGUUGACCACCAGGUUUGCAGCCCUGAGGACGAGAACGGCUUAGAAAAAACCUAUCAAGUGACUUAAUUACAGAUAAAGGAUAAAAUCCUCGCUAAAGGGUUCUGAGAAGAAAUGCGACGUGUAACAAAGGAUGUCAAAAAUGUCAAAAAUGUUGCCCUGUAUGUCUAAGAAUUAUUUAUUGACGCCUCGUUUUUGAUUUUUAUAUCUUGGCUGAUGUGAUCCACCCUAAUAAAAGCUAUUUGUCAUUAUAAUAUCUGCUAACUUAUUCAAAUUCCGUGAAUUAGCAUUUUCUAUUUUGAGAUGGUAGAUACCAUGAUGGAUGAUGGAACGUUUUUCAUCAACGUCAGUUUACUAAUGUGGUGACUUGUUCUUACCUAAUAUCAAUUAAGAUCAGUGAUGGAACAUUUGCUAACCAGUCGAUAUCAGUUUUCUACUAUGGUGUGAAUUGUUCUUACCUGAUAUGGAACCUUUUCUAUUUGAUAUCAAUUCAACAUGUGCCAGUAGAAUAGCAAGCGCUAUAAUUACCACCUAUAAUUUUAACUUACCCCUUUUAUUGGUUAUUUGUUGGAGGUCGUGUACGUGUGCGGGAGAAGAGAACGAUAACCUGUCUUUAGUCGUUUUUUUUUAUCUUUCCCUCCUCUUACACACCUCGCUGUUCGCGCUCGCGCCCCAAAUAACGCCUGUUGUGCAUCGUUUUCAGGCCAUGGCGUUAUCGGCAAUUCGGCUCCACAAAAUAAUGAGAUUCUUCCGCAAAACUGGCCCAGCCAGUGUGCCCUAUACUAUUGAAAUUUAAUGACAGAAGAAGGCUAAUAAAAGAAUAUCAGUAAAACUCUGUCUUAUCUGAGGACAAAUUAUAUGUUGUGAGUACGGCUAGGAGCAUUAUUAUCUUGUAUGAUGCCACAUAUGACAAAAGUGCUACGUGGAUGACAUUAAGCUUCAAUUAUCUUUUUGUUUAUAUGACCCUGCCUAAUGCUAUAGAAGGUUUUAUUCUGAUGUGGUUUUCGUCUUUUUCUAGAUAGGUUUUGAUUCUCUUCAGCAAAAGGGAGAGUUUUUGGUUAAGGUGUAACGAUUGAUUAACAGAGAAUUAUACGUUUCAUCAAACCAUUUUGCGAGGACAAAGGUGUAACUAAACGUGGCAGAUAAGACUGCUCCCAUUGACAAAUUUAAAGUUAAAUAAUUUGCUUUGUAUACAGUGAGCUAUUUCGUAGGUAGUUGAUUUUUUAAUGUUAUUUAUAUGUACAUAAAUAUUUGAGCUGUGCAAUUAGGUUUUAUUUAUAGUUUAUAAUCAUUACUACAUGUCAGUCUAAAUGAAAUGAAAUGUUUUCACUUCACAGGUUCUGCCCUGGUGCCAGGGCAACCCUAUCAGCCUUGUAAACACGUCGCGUUAAUUACACUAAGGUGAAAUAUGCGAGUGCUAGGCAGGAAAACCGUUUUGCUUGGAUAACCUUCCCCCAUUAUACACAAACCCUUGGUUCUGAAAGAAAAAAUCGUAAUAUGACAAGGGUGCCGAGUAUUUCGAUUUUAUUAAUACAUAUAUAAAACGAAUAAUUGACCAAGACUUUCUUAUCGUGCUUACGUUAAAGUUUAUUGUGGUUAUGGAAACAACAAAGUUAACUUGUCAGUGUUUGUGAAUUCGUCGGUAGCCAAUGACAAAGCUUCCUAUCAAAUCAUAGACGUUUUCUCUUUGAAAGUCAUUGAUAGCGUUUCUGCAUAGAACACCCGCUUUUUUAUAUCUUUGAUCUCGUCUGCUGAAAAUUUUGUACUUUGAGGAGCUUGGAUAAUCAACUUCAUCCCAGGUUAGUUGCAAAUCUAAUGUUGAAUAAAUAGCUAAUUUAUCAGAACUGAGCAAACUCUAGCAAGACCAUCCGUUUUGAUGAAAGAUAAGAGAAGUUUAUAAGAAUUCACCUUUAUACUAAACUUGCUGCGACAUUUCAAUUGAGCAGGUCAUGAAUUAAAAAUAGUUACAUUUUAAGAAAGCUAAAUCAGUUCAGUUUAAAGUGCUGAAACUGGAACAACCCAAAGCUUGACUGAUCUGAAAUACAAGGGACCUUUUACACUUGGAAGUGAAAAUGUAAGUUCGUAAUUGUACACAAUCUUACAUUUAUCUGCCAUUGUCCCCCUUAUGUGAAACGUCGGUGACUUUCAAAUUUUGCGACAAGUAAGUCUAACAACUGACAUCGCUACCUCAAGCCUGGGUAAAUCGUUUCCAUUCAUUCCGCCGAGGAAAAAAUCAGUUCCUCUUACGUUAAAAAAAGAGUUCUAUUCUGAAACUUAUGAAAGAGCGUAAGAAAUAGAAGGGAAAACAUUCACUACUUUCGGUUCCAAUUUAGUUCUACACUCGUACAAUGAAACAUAAACUACAGUCCAUCUCUGUAAGCCGAGUUUUCCAUCUCCGUUUUUAAGAUGAUCAACUAAGUCGUUUGCAAAAUGAAUCCGUCACGGGGUUGUCUCCUUCAGGAAUGAGAUACGGUUUUCACUGUGACCAGGGGCCCGUUUCUCGAAAGUCCCGAUAAUUAACGGGCCCUUAAAGCUGUUGUUGUUUACAUGUAAGAUAAAGGUUUCAAUAGUUUUGCAUUUAACAUGAUGAAACUAUCAGUUAAUGAAACAAAAUGGAGUAGUUUGCUAGCCAGAACCCGCGCUCUUAUUCUUUAUAUUUCGAUUUGAAAAUUUAAUUUCGGGCCCGAAACGUUACCGGGGCUUUCGAGAAACGGGCCCCAGGACUUUGACGCGCAAGUCAUUUAUUAGGGGGAGGAGAGGGGAUGGCAGGGGAGGGGAUCUGAAACUUUGUUUUGUGAUAAAAAUUUGUGAUAAAAAGUCACGACGUUUCGACCCUUCCGAGGUCAUUUUCAAGUGCGAGUAAAAUUUAAAAAAAAUUGCAUCAAUAUAUUAGGAACGGUUAAAAAUAGUUUAAAAAAGGUAAGAAUGCAGCGAACAAUAAAAUGCGAUUUUCGCUAAAUUUUUAUUACAAAAUGUAUAUUCAAGAAACUUCUCAUCAAUAUUUUGUUUCUAUGUCGUUUUUCUUUUUACUAAAGGAAACUAUAAGUACAAAAUGGAAAAUCAAAUUUAUAAUCAAUAAAUCAAUCAUGUAUUUUGACACGCUACGUUAGAGAGCUUAAAAACUCGUUCAAAAUACGAACGUGUAUAAACAAAAUCUAUAAUAAUUACAGCUACAUUAUAACAUUAUUCAAUUUUAAAAACAAUUCAAUAAAUAUAUAUACAAUAUAAUAUAAGCUAGAACCUACUAAAAACGUGACUGGAAAACUAUAAGACACGUUCUAAAAAGCUACAAUCAUGCACUAUAAAACACGUUCUAAAAAUCUGCAAUCGUGCAAUUUACUUUUUUAUACUAUUACAUGAGAAAUUUCUGCAAUUUGAUUGGCUUAGAGCGGCGGUAUUUCAGCUUGAUUUGAAAUACCUACAUUUGAAAAUUACAAACCUUUUGCGGGUAGUAGUAUAAACAAAUAAUAGCAUGAUUUGUACGUGAUAUUUGGCAUAAAUACCACUCGUGAUGUUUCAAAUUGUCUCAGAUUUCACUCGCCGAACGGCUCGUACGUAUAACAAUUUCGAAAUAUCACUCGUGGUUUUUAUAGCAAAUAUCACUAAAAAUCAUGCUAUUACCUAUACGAAAUCAUUAGCAUCACCUGAAAGACGUACUUGAGAGGGCAAACUGUUCCAUAUGUUCAAAAUGAUGUUAUAGCAAACUAACAUAACAAACUAGAACCAAAGUGUAUACCAAUCCUUGUACAUUUGAAAGAUAAACCAUUGCUCUGUAUUAGCGUCCUCUAAUUCACUGCCGGGUAGAAGUGUUACCACUACUAUUUUCACAGAUUGAGGGCAAUAAUAUACUCUGAGAUAACUUCACAAGAUUGAUUAGUUAAUUUUUCUUUCCACCAUUUCUUUUAGCGGACAGUAGUUUGGAGAUUGUAUCAAAAUUAAAUUAUCCUCUUUUCAUCUACUCUUAGUUCCACUCUUCUGUGCCUCUGUUUCAUUUUUUCAUGUGUCCACGAAACAUAUCUUUACAUUUAUGUCUGCAUACUUUAAAUGUUGGAUGUUUUUGAUAAGAUUUUUUUACUGAGCGCUACUGGGUGCCAGGUCCUGCUAGGUCGAGACUUUUCAUGGGCGGUUUCUGGUUUCGGUCAAGUCUUUAUAGUGACAUGCACUUGCAAAAAGCCUCUAGACCAGAGCGUUAUGCACGGUUAAAUCUGUUUAGUCCAAAUUUUGGACACGACUGAUGAUUGGCUUCUAAUGACCAUACACCAAUGGGACUUGGAAUCUAACAGACGCUACAAUUGGUUGACAAAAAUGGUAUCCAGGGUACUGUGGUCCUUUCCUUAUCAAAAUCUGAUUGGCUUUCCUUUCCUCAGUUUAAGCUUACCGGACUUGGUAUACAUGCUGCUCAGGAGAUCUUUGAUAUCUUGCUCUUCCCAACUUCCUCUUUUACUUUAAAUGGAUUUUGUAUAUUUUCUAUUAGUCACGAAUCAUUUGAUCUGCUCGUGUGAGAACAUAUUGCUUUUCAAAAAACUUUCCCGCUGUACCAGCUUUCUUGUUGCUUGAUAUGACAUCAACAGUUAAGAACAGUUUCGAAACAAGUUGAUGGCUUUCAUAUUGGCGUCCUCCCUCGCUGUGAGAUAGCUUUACGAAUUUACGAACAUUUUUACAUCUCAAAUUUUUACAUGACAUUGGUGGGAGGCGAGAGCUCUCACCACUAGCUGCACCACCCUUGCUACGACAAUGCUUGUUGCUCGUACUUAGCUUAAGCUAGAGGGGACGGGCCCCAGAGAAGAGAUUCUCUCUUCCCUGAAGGGCGUCUCUGAAUUGACGACAACCUUCACUCUUUUAGAGAAAAUUUAAUUCAAGAGGGGUUCACUUUUGGGAAGGAUAACCACGGACCUUCUUACAAAAGUGGGCCUCCUGCUCAUUUGAGUUGAGUAAGCCCCCAGUUUCUUCAAUUACAAUAUUAAGGUUUAUCAACCUUUACACAGAAUACCAAACCUGAGUCUUUCUACUUUUUGUUUUCAAUAUGAUAUUUUAUCUUAAUGAAAAGUAAAAGCUGUCUCGCUUUUCAUGAUAUUCCUGUUGUUUUGGAGGUCUUUUUGUGAUGUAAUUUAUAUACAUUCCUAAAAUUGGUUGAUUCCACUUGUUUUUUUUCUGUGUCAGUCCACAGUCUGUGUUUUAUACUGACCGUGCAGGCGUUAUCAAUUUUUAAUCAACCAUACCAUAGCAUUCCCACAAUACUUCGUAAGUGAUCCUCUGUGCGAGAUGCACCAAAACAUUCCAAAAAUAAUAAUAAAUAAUGAUAAAUUUCUACCUUUUUGCUUACUUUUCAUAGAUACUAGACCGUUUUGAUUUUCAGAUUGUUUCGCUUGUUACUAAGAAUCUUUUUAUUAAGAGCGCAAGACGCUUGACCAACAACGCGUGACUCACCCACGUGAUUUAGCCAGCCUUGCCAAACAUGAUAUCGGAUAAAAAGGCGACGCUCUCUUGCAGAACCAGCCCUCUACCUAUGAGCGAAAACUACACAGAAAGUAAAGCGAAAACUAAAAGCUAAUCAUCGGACUGACAAGAAGCUUUCUUCUUGUCGUCCUCCAUUGCCCCUUAUCUCACCUUCAGUUUACUCUGAUACUGGAUUUGACAAUGUCUAUAGCCCUAAAAGAAAUAGCAGCUGUGUUUUUAGAGGUCACUGUAAAUUCAUGAAAAUACCAGGAGGUUUCUGAGAACUUCAUGUCUCCAGGCUGCGCACAAUAAAAUAAUUAUUUAUCAUAAAUAGGUGGAAUAUGAUCGUCCGAGUGAGUGUAGUCCUGAAUAGGACUGUUGUUGUCAGUGACUGACGUUUCGACAACGUGCACACUAGUCAUCUUCAGAGUCAAAGUGAGUUGUAACGCGUCAGUUGAUGGUAUUGAAUUCUGGUUAUUGACCUGAUUGGUCAAUUUCGUCGCCAUGUCACUGGUCGUCUGUCAGUUAAGCCGUGAUCAAAAGAGAGUUUUAGCUUAUAUAUGCACCACGACCCCAGAUUAUAAUCUUUUAAGUUACUAAAUUCAAUAUCUUUACUUGUUAUAAACAUUCAGAUGUAUUUUUUCCUUUGCAGUUAAAACAAAAGUUCCUUAAUCAGCUAUGAAGAGCAGCUUUAUAUCUCUCCUCAUGUGCACUCGUAUCUCGCUGCUUCUGGUCUCUUUCUACAACAAGGUUGGAACGAAAUCAUUAACACCACUGUUGACUAUUUUCUUUCAAAGGACCAAUAGUACAAUGGAGCGUGCAACACCGCUGCCACAAAAACCUUUUUCUACAAGGAAAAAUCUCAUCAUAAUAAGUCCAGGCCGCGGAGGCUCCUCUUUCCUUGGAUCACUUUUUAAUGAAAAUCCUCAUGUCAUGUAUUCCUUUGAACCUUUUUUUGCCAUAACUGAAAAAAUUUUCCAUGUUGAUUUGGUUAAAGGAGACAAAGAACCAAAGAAUUACACACAAGCAUUCCUCCGGGUAAUUGAUGGUUUCCUCAAGUGCGACUUCACGAACUUCUCUAAGACUAUUAUAUCGGCACUUUUAAGGUACCGGUGGCAUCUUCUCCAUAGUAAGGCACUUUCGAACACAAAUUUGGCGCGGUUUUCAAGAACCUUGCUUACCAGUUCUUGUGAAAAUCACAACUACACUGUUAUAAAGAUUUUGUCUUCACGAGUACCCAACAAGACAAUAGAAACUUUCAAGGAACUUUUCCAAGAACAAAGCCACUAUGACGUCAAAUUAGUCCAUUUAGUUCGAGAUCCAAGAGCAGUGGUGAACUCCAGGAGAAAUCUCAAAUGGAUGAAAGAUCAUUUGCAUCCCAGCUUUAGUGAUAAUGUUCGAAGGAUAUGUAAUCCGAUACUACAGAAUAUUCGCUUUGGAUUGUUGUCUCCCCCUCCCUGGCUUAAGAACCGCUUUAAAAUUAUUCGUUACGAGGAUCUCGUGGGAAAUACGGUAAUUAUCGCACGGGAACUGUACAGGUUCGCAGGAUUUGAUUGGUCAACGAGCAUUGAUGAAUGGAUAAGUCAACUAGCAAACAAUUCAAAACAAGGAACAGAAUACUCUGUUUUCAGGAAUGCUACAGCCGCUAUUCAUGGUUGGAAAAACGCGCCAAAGCCCUUUAUAAAGGCCGUAGAGGAUGAAUGCAGAGAUCUAAUGGAUUUCCUCGGCUAUGAGAAAUACACCUAUUAG